AUGGUCGCGGAUAGGAGGAGGGAGAGGGGUAGGAUAAGGGCGACGUACCUCGAAAGCACACACGACAACCGAAAGUUCUGUGCUGGGGAAAGCAGGAGAGCGAGGGCGUAUUUGCCGACGAGAGUGCAUAGGUGCAUUGAGUGGAUGGCUGGAUGGCAGACGCAGAGUGACAAGGGCGCCAGAGAUGGGCCUGAAGUUGUUGGAUGGUGUAGUCAUGUUUCAGGAGUCAACGCUUUUCAGCAUGUUCGGCUGGAUCGGGCAUGCGGCUCCGCCUGCACAGGUACCAUGACUAAGCUGGUGGAACCACCGGAGAGCCCGGACCUAAUCGGGACUAGUGCCAAAACAAUCAUGGCACAUCACCUGACCCGACUCCUUGCAACAGCAGAUGACUCAGCUGCAACUCCACCCACGCGACCAUCGGAGAUAAUUCCAUGGGACAAGGAACCGUAA